AUGGUGCUGAAAAUUCUGCUGGAUAGAUGGCUGAAUUCAACCAGGGUUGGAUACAUUCGAUCGCACUCAACCAUGAUAACCAUGUGCCUGAGUUCAAUUAUCACAGUUAUUAUCAUUAAUUCCUUCAGAGAGUUUUACCAGUCAGCUUCGGUGAUAUUGACGAAAAUUGAAAACCCCCGCACUCAGUGCGAUUUUGAUAACUCGGUCCUGUACAAGCGAUACUUGCUAGGGUUUAUGAACAACUACGUUCCUACUUUCUAUGAAGCGUUUUUUAAGGGCAGCUUUGCGCGACUUCCGCAUCAAAUGACUUUCCUGCGCAAAGAUCUGUGCCAACCCAGCAGUUGCACAGUUGCACUCUGCAUUCAGCUGGGAUUCCUGCUGACCAUACGCACGUUCAUGGGCAACAUUUGCACUGCCAUUUAUCCCCCUCUUAAGAACAUACUUAGGUCGCUAAAAGAGCAAUGUUGCCGGAAAGUUUGCCAGAAAAAUCCGGCGAUUAAACAAACGCUGCCCCAAUGGGAGGAAGAGUACUACUUGGAACCUUUGGACACCUACUCUGUGACGGAAGAGUUUUCCGAAAUGGUUAUCAGAUUUGGGUACAUCACAUUCUUCUCCAAAGCUUUCCCAUUGGCGGCGCUGUGCGCCCUACUGAACAACCUAAUAGAGCUGAGAUCCGAUGCGUAUAAAUUUGUGAAAUCCCAUCGAAGAGUGGUUCCAGUGGAAAAAUCUGGAAUCGGAGCCUGGAAUGGGAUUUUGCGCAGCUUAUCCUACAUCAGCACAGCCAUUAAUGCUUUUGUGAUUGCUUUUACAAGCGACUGGGUGGAAACGGAAGUUUACCGGCAGACCCGAGGCAAUGGCAGCCUUAAGGGCUUUGUAAACUCCACUUUAUCUAAGUACGCAACUUCCGACAACAGAGCUUACCACUCCGUUAACAAUCGCGAAGAGUUUUGCUACUUUCGCGGCAAUUACUAUCCGCCAGAGAACCCAACCAAGUACGGAAUAACUCAGCUGUACUGGAUGAAUUUGAUGUUCAAGUUUGUGGCAGUUUUCCUCUUCGAGCAUGUAAUGUUGCUGUGCAACACUUUGUUCACCUAUUGCUUGUCGUACAAACCAGAAUCCGUGCAGCUGCAGCUGGAUUUGAUCAGGCACAAGGAAAAGGAGAUGCGAUUGACUGAAUGCGAGAGGAAGUUGGAGGAGAGGGUCAAAUCUGAUACGAAAUUGAGCAAGGUAACUGUUCGGUUGGCAGGUGGAAGUGCUUGAUGGAGCAGGUUUGGUGCUUUCAGAACCUGAGGGGAUUAAAAUGAGGAUGCUUUUCUAAGUGUUCAGACA